CGCGCCCGGUCCCGCGGUCGCAGCUCCCGCCACCUCCUCUGCGCCGCCGCCGCCUCAGCAGCUCGCUUCGUGAGUCGGUCGCUCCCGCACACGGCUUCCAGCCCCGCCGCAGCCGUCCUCCAGGUCUCCUUCCUCCGGCCCGAUCCAGCCCACGAAGAUGGUGGACCGCGAGCAACUGGUGCAGAAAGCCCGGCUGGCCGAGCAGGCGGAGCGCUACGACGACAUGGCCGCGGCCAUGAAGAACGUGACGGAACUGAACGAGCCACUGUCCAAUGAAGAACGAAACCUCCUCUCCGUGGCCUACAAGAAUGUGGUUGGGGCGCGCCGCUCCUCUUGGAGGGUAAUCAGCAGCAUCGAGCAGAAGACGUCUGCAGAUGGCAAUGAGAAGAAGAUAGAGAUGGUGCGUGCCUACCGCGAGAAGAUCGAGAAGGAGCUGGAGGCUGUGUGUCAGGAUGUGCUGAGCCUGCUGGAUAGCUACCUGAUCAAGAACUGCAGCGAGACCCAGUACGAGAGCAAAGUGUUCUACCUGAAGAUGAAAGGGGACUAUUACCGCUACCUGGCCGAAGUAGCCACUGGUGAGAAGAGGGCGACAGUGGUGGAGUCGUCAGAGAAGGCCUACAGCGAGGCCCAUGAGAUCAGCAAGGAGCACAUGCAGCCCACUCACCCCAUCCGAUUGGGCCUGGCUCUGAACUACUCCGUUUUCUACUACGAGAUCCAGAACGCCCCUGAGCAAGCGUGCCACUUGGCCAAGACCGCCUUCGAUGACGCCAUCGCCGAGCUCGACACGCUGAACGAGGACUCCUACAAGGACUCCACCCUCAUCAUGCAGCUUCUCCGUGACAACCUAACGCUCUGGACAAGCGAUCAGCAAGACGACGACGGUGGAGAAGGCAACAAUUAAGGCCCCAGGUGGACUGGCAGCGCACGCCGAUGCUACUACUGCAGUCUUUAUUUUUUUCCCAUGAGUUGGGGGUCGGGUGGGGGAGGGAAAGGGAGGGCUGACCUUCCCAGGGAGAAACCCACGACCUGUCCUGUCUUUGAUUGCCUCUUUUGACAUUUUUGCCAAAAUACCACUAGUGGAAAGUCAGGCUAGCUGUGCUGGAACUGGAGUAGCACCUCACACAGGCAUCCAGAUUGUUCUGUAGGUUUGUGCAAGUGGAGCUGUCUGUCUAACUUAUUGCCAGGUGAUAGGGUGUUAGGAUGGAGAAGCGUAAAUGGGUGGCCCUCAUUCAGUGAGUUCUGUGGUUCCAGUAAGGAUUUUUAUGUUCAUUUGCUCUUGUCUUCAGAUUCGGGUACUUCCUGUCCAUGUGAGCUCCUUAGCUGUGCUUUUUUUUCAGAGUGUACGCUGCAGACACAGCCUAGUUCAUCCCAAACGGACAGCCUUGGAGCCUAAGGUAUUCUCUACCUUACACUUCCGGCCUGGCCGGCAACAGUAUUAACACUAAGUUGCAGUUGACAGUAUUUCUGCGUUUCAGCCAUAUGUGACAUCCAGCCAUCGGUUGUGAGCUUUCCUUUGCUGUUGCGUUGGCUUUGCAGGGCCCUCACUCACUGCUUCCAGGUUGGUGUUGCUGUCUGUCUGUCUGUCUGUGUCUGUCUCUCCCCCUGUCUCCUUCCUUGGCUGGAAGACCUGCCUAAGGAGAAUCAAGGCAACUCUUGGUUUUGGUUUAUAGGUGCUUGGCAGGUGGCUGAGCUCUUCCUUCCUAUACCAUGUAUCCACCACAAAAGUUAUUGAUCGCUUUAGCAGAACUGUUAAAUACCUGCCACCAGAGUUGAGGGGCCUUGGGUCUGCUGUCCUGGCGGGAUGUUUUCAGAAGGGCUUGGGCCCCUCGGAGAUCACACUGCCAUUUGUUCCUCUGUACCCUCUGCCCCGAGUCUUCCCCACUGUGCCAUGGGCCGGGCACCCAGGGGACUUGGGAGGCCACUGGAGAGGCCGGGUGGUCUUUUCUAGAAGGUGUGUGGUGCUGUAUGACAAGUCUGGAGCUAGAGUACCAGCCAGGUGGAGACCCUGAUACAAACAGCUGUCUGUUUGGGAGCCUGGGAAGUUUCUCCUCCCUGAAUCACUCGGUCUCCAUCUUCAUCAGGUAGUGAGUAAGUGAGCGCCUACGUCCCGUCUCAUCAAAACUGCUCUUCUACCGACAGUGUGGGAGUUGGAGAUUCACCUGUCUGCAGUCUGUGUGCUUAUGUAGUUGAAGGAAGCUUACAUGACUGUCUGCUAGCUCAUUUGCUAGCUGGAGGCCCCUCGUACUUUCUCCUUUGGAUCAUGUGUCUGAAUAUGGCCUGUCUCAUGCUGAGUGCAGUCCAGGACGGGGGCCUCUCAAGAUGGGCCCACAGGACUUGCCAUCCACUUUCUUUUGCUUAGGCAAGGAGAGUAAUAAUGGAGGAAACUGGCCAUUGCUUUUUCCAGAAUCAAGCUUCCCACUAGAAAUAAGUGUGUGUGAUAGGGAACGGUGAUGGGUGGUGCAGGAGCCAUGCUGCACAGUUUAGCGUGACUUUCCUUCCCUAGGGCCCCUCACUAGCGAGCAAGGCCCUCCCCCCACACCAAGAUGCACAGGAGGACCAAGCAGAGAAAACUUGGCUGUGGCUGUGCCACCAAAGGCCUGGGGUCACUGUCACAGGUGGAAAAUACACAGGGGCGGGGGGGGGAGAAGGGGGGCUUUCUGUGACUCAUCUUGGCAUCCAGCGAGCAGUGUCAUGUCCUUCCUUGUAGUGUUUGGAAAUGAUUUACUGGAAUUACAAAACCUAUUUUUCCUUUAAAUUUUAGCUUUGGCUCUGGCUGCUUUUCAGAAAUAAUGCAAGAUAAAAUCUUACUGAGGGCUGGGACUGAAGAGGGAAUAGAAGACUCGCUAUUUAAGCAGCUUGAAUGGUUUCUUUCUUUCCUUUCUCUUUAAAGAAAUGCACUUGCCUAUGCUCCUGUCUUUCCAGUGAGAUGAUUACUCCUUCAUUACUAUCGAUACCAUAUUGUGCAUGCCAGUGUUGUGUUUCUAUACAGUAGCUUGAAAUUGAUUAACUUAUACUGUAGGUGUUAUGUAUUCCUAUGACAAAAGAAAAAAAACCAACUUAAGUCUUCAAAUUUUUUAAAAUUUUUUAAUUUAAUUUUUUCCUUUGGGGGUAAAGUUUGCUCUACCAAAUAGUGAUCGUAACAAAUUGAUCUGUUUUGGAUGUUGCUAUAGUGACAUGCAGUUAUAUUUUUGUUUUUUGGGGGGAAGGGGCAAAAGAAACACCAGUGUUAGUUUAAUCUUAAUGUCUGGUGUCAGUCAUGGUGAAAUGAUAACUUCCAGUUAGGAGAACACAACUUGUUCUCUGAAUGAGCCUUUGUGCUUUUUUGUCAUGUUAUGCAGUGAACUCUUUUUAAGGUCUGCUCAGUGAUUCUUUUUCCAGCUCCGUGUUUCUCUAAGGAAUUAUUUCGCACACGGACCAUUCUUAGCAGUUUUCCUCAGUGAUGGAAUAUCAUGAAUGUGAGUCAUUAUGUAGCUGUCGUACAUUGCUCAAAUAAACUUACAAAUCUGAUCUCAGUG